AUGGAUGAUGAUUUAGACAUUAUAGGUCCAGGCAUCAAUGAAGCAGAUCCAUAUGCAGUUGCCGAUGAUUUCUGGGGGCCAAAGCAUACAGUCACCAACUUCUUCAAGAAGGCACAGCAAGUUUCUUCGGAUACUGAAGCAGCCAAACCUCUCCAUACAUUUUUGGUUGGUCCUAGUAUAGCAGUCCACCUCAAUUUCGACGCUUCCAUACAACACAUACUGGUCAACAUUGUGGCUGAACAAUUCUCCCUGCCUGACUUGCGGGGAGCACUCGCUGACUACGUUGAGGUCUGGUUCAAAGUACGUAUACAGCAAGCAGCGUACCAUGGCCAAUCGACUCCUGGUCCUGCCCUCAUGGUGAAUGCAUUUCCUCCGAGUGCUACUUGGAAGUAUGGUCGCUAUGACGCUGCAAUAUUCGCUGUUGAUGACACUAAGCUUCAACAGUGGCCCAUUAGUGGGCUUAAAGGCCACAUGGUUGUUGAAGUGCACCUUAUUAUGCAACCGCUUCCUCCGCAACGAAAGUCCACCAUUUGGGCUGCACACUUCCUGGCUUAUGUUCAACGCCUGGAUGUCAUACCUCAGCGACACGGAAGCUCAUUGGAACACACGACACACAUGCACAUUUUAAAAUGUGCAAUGCGAUCAGCAAGGGUUCCCUUUGGUGACAUACUCCCACUGGAUCAACUGUGUUCUUUUGCUCACAUCGUCCCCCGCUUUGGUCCUGCUGCGUCUGACAGCAGAAAAUAG